CUUCUUUCAGACCCUGUCGUUUUCGUUUGAUUCACGCCGCCUUCUAGACAUUCAUCGCUGUCGUGCCUCCAUUCAACAGAGCUCCAUUUUUUGAAAUCGGUAUUGGACUCUUUUGGAGAUGGAGAGCUACGGAAUACCCCGAGCCACUUUACGGUCGGUCACUCUCGAGAGACUGGCAACUUUCUCGGCCAAGAACAGUCAGGAUGAUGAUCUGGAUAAACUGCUGCUUGCACUACGCGCAUCAGGCAACAUUUUUACGCAUCGCUCAAAAGCGCCUACCAACGGCGAGAAUCAUGUGAAAGCUGAUAUUAACGGACACGCACUCCCCGCGCCGAUGACUGCGAACGAAUUGCAAGUACUGCUCUCUCUAGCUUCGUCGGUGCAGUAUAUACGGCAAAAGUCUCACGCCAAACGCCUCCUUGAUCAAUUGGGGACGUGUUUGGCCGUCAGUCACCAACAUCGAUUUGAGAACUCUGCCUACAUAACUGAGCUGUUUCCUUCUCCUUGGGAGGUCGUGUCGGAGAAGCUGACGCUGGCUAUUCUUGACAUCGGUCAUCAGUUUACCGAUUUACAAGCGAUUGCCUGUGACUACCUUAAUAAAUAUCUGGAGAGCCUGAAGGAAGCGAAUAAGUCUCUGGAAGCGCCAUUUCACUUCAUUUCUGUAUUUCCGCUAUCUUUUUCUCUCCACGGCUUCAUUUCAGCGUUCAUGAAGCGACCCAUGUACUAUAGCGACCCUGAUGCUCAGAUGGCUCUACUGAAUGCGACGCGAGGACUCUUCGAGGAUGAUAUGCUACUAAAACUCGAAGAAAGCAUGUCGAUGCUAAGAACGUCGAACCAUUCGAGUCCAUCCGUUAGCAUCUGGAUGACAUAUCGUCGCAACUACCGGGCAAUAGGCAAAGUGCUAGGCUCUCUAUCGCUGAGAUAUAGCUAUAUGGAAAUGGUGCGUCAUAUUGCCGGAUUAUACGUGUUGAAAGGACAGCCCGAGGAGAUUUGCAUCAAGGACUGCUAUCUUGAUACGAUUAUGGCCCAAUCAAGAUUUGUCCCUCACAUCGAUGAUAGAAGCCGGCAGGUUCUGAAAACCUGUUGCGAAAUCGCAAUGGGUGGCAUUUCCGUUAUCGAGGAAGGUCUUGACUAUGUCAACAUGUCGUCCUCUCGUCAAAGACGGGUUACUUUUGCGUUAAAGGCGUCAGCACUUGAGGUUUUGUGUAUUGGAAACAUCCUUGAAGAGUUUCCUGUAGAUGAUACGGUGCUAUUGCUGGAGAACGCGCUCACAGAUGAGGAUCAGAUCGUGGAAGAGGUUCUAAUCAGCAGAAUAUUCAAGAUUAUGGCUUUGCUCUGCAAAAAGAACUCGGAUAUUGGAUCUUCUCUCACUAGAAUCUUCCCACGACUUCUAGUACGCUACAGUACGACUCUGACAACCAUCCAGACCGGUACGGUUUGUGUUGCAUAUGCGCUACAUUAUCUCUCGGAGGAUGCCGUGAUCUCGACUCUGUACACGUUUGCGAAUAUUCUUGUUCUUGAGAGAGCGAACUCACCUUCGAACAAUAGAGCGGCUCCCAAAACUGUGACUUCCAAUGGUUUACAACGAGUGUCUAGCAUGGGGAGCAGUAUCAGCUUGAUCUCACGGAGUGAAGAGGAACUGAACAUUAUAUAUGAGAAUGUGAUCCAUGCGCUUGCGCGUAUUAUGCAAGGCUAUGGCAAUCCCAAGAUGACGGCGCUGACUAUCUCUGUUCUUGUACAGAAGAUAGGUCGUGUGAACGAUUUCAUUGACCGAUGCUUGGUACUUGGGCUGGUGAGCUUAGCUUGCAGUGGCACCGAACGAGAAUUCAAAUCUAUUUUGAAGCUCUAUUCGCGUCUUUCGAGUGAGGCUAUUGCAAGAGGAGACAAAGAAAUGGCGGAUGCAGUUCUCGAGGCUCAAGUGAGAAUUGCAAAGAAUAUGGAUACAAAGAAUCAGUACUACGAGCUUUAUCUUCGAACUCUACUGAUCGAUAUUGCCAGUAAAGGCGAUGUUCGAGAUGUUGACCACCAUCGCCACAAGCUAGAUGUCAGGGUCCCAGCUGAAGAAAUAUCCUAUCUGAUUACUCCCUUGGCUUCUCUUUUGCCACCCACUACUGAAACAAGAUUCGCCACGGACGACGAAGAGCUCUUGACUGCAUUCCGGAACGCAUGGUUCAACAUGGCGGUUCAUGGAUACAAUAAAGAGUCUGAAUGGGUCUUAAAGCAUGCCAAUGACCUGGAAGUAAUUGCAUGGAGCUCUCCUCCUCUCGUCUCGGAAAAAUCUUCCAACCUGUUUGAGAGUGAGCUUGACAUCAACACAGUUCUCCACCGUGGAUCCCACCAGCACGAUAUGAACGAGCAACGCCAGAAAGUUCUAACCUCUUUUGCUCCCGCUGGAGCGGUGCCUGCGCAGAUUGAGUACCGUUCUUUGACAUUCCCCAAGCUUAUUUUCCUUUCGGCAGCUCUAUUGUUGGAGUCAUUACGCGCGUCUGCGGGCGAUUGUUCGAAGGUUCAGCUUUACUUUCUGGACCCUAGUUUCAGAUCUGGCGAGACCUCCAAAAUCAUCUCCGGUAUUGCUAAUGAAGUCAUGAGAAUCUAUCUGCAAAAGGUCCUUGCUAAGUCGCUUGUUCCAAUGAGUCCCAGCAUCUCAGGCCAGCUCCGAGAACUCCUGAUACUGUGCUGCCACCGUAUCCAGAGCGUUAGCAUUUCUGCAUUCGAAAGUGCGAACAAGAUCAUUGCAAAUGUUCCGUCCUCCCUGUGUAGGAAGGAGAGUUUGUUCACGCUCUUGGAACUUCUCACGCUUCUGUGGAAUAGCUGCCUUGACGAAGAUGUUGAUCAGUACUCGCCUCGUUCGAUCUUUACCUCGGCAAAGACCAAAAUCAGACUUGAGCUCUCAGACUCCUAUAGUAACCGCAAAGCCACUCUGAAGAUGCUACACGGUAGUGCCUCUAAGUGGGUUCAGCUGGCUAUUGAUACCUCCCCUCUUGAUGUGAAGGGUCUUUUGCAAUCUUAUCUGGCGGACAUGGAUGACUUUAGAGCCUUUGGCCACGUAUCUCUUGGGCGGUCAUUUGCUGUGGAUAUGGGCGGUAGAAUAUCGUUCACUGAUAACAAACUGGCUUCCAUCGGACACCCCGCUGAUGUCAAAGUGGACACCAUUUCCGAUUUCUUGACCCAGUAUACCUGGCGUCAGAUCUACCGUCGCGGAGAAUCUGUGGUACCGGGAGAACAUGAUGAGAACACGGUUGCGGCAUACAAUUCCAUCAAGGCGGUUCUCGUUAGCUUACAAGACAGGGUCUCCAAGAAGAGAUUCGUUUCCAUCGCUGAAUUGCGCGAAGGACUUUUGCGCACUGCCGAGUUCAUUCUGGAGUGCAAGAAAUACUCUGCCGAGCUUGUUCACUAUGUCGUUCACAUUCCGUUUAUGGUGUUUUCGAAGCAGUCAAUCAAACUCGGAGUAUCGCUAUGGCUCUGGCUUUUGAAUGAAGCGCCGCAACUUCAAUCAAGGAUUCUGGCCGAAAUAGCUCUUGGUUUUGAGUGGAGCAUACGCCGACGCGAAGGUUUGUACUCGACGGCUCAUGAUCUUACUCCGGUUCUCAAUUUGAAAAUGGAGUACGCCCCGUCAAACAAGGAAGAAAUCAUGCACGAUGCUCGAAUCGCUGUUAACAGUUUUGCGCCUCAUCUGUAUGUGGUCGAGAUGCUUGCUAGCCAUUUCCAGUCGAGCAAAUUCCAGAGCUUGCAUCUGUUUGAAAUCUUUGAGCGAUCGCUGAGAAUCGCUUUGCUGAAUAUGGCGCAUGGUAGCUACCAUCCGCUUGUUCGCCAAAAUCGGUUCAAUAUCAUCCUCUUCUCGUUGAAGCUUCUGGAGGGAUACAGCUCAUUGUCUUCUCAGCGCUCGACAUUCUUCAAGAACUUGGUUCUUACUGCAGCUCUCACGUGGUUCUCGAAACCCCCAGGCUAUCCUUUUGGUGGUAACCGGCUGCAACUGAAGUCUGAGUUUAGAUUACUUCUGGAUGUUUACCAGCGGGUAAAGACGCUAAGGGUCAAUGGUCCCGAGAAAGCUCUAUUCUUAGAUGUCAAGAAAGAGUUGCUGCUUCAAUUUUUAAGUCACGAGGUUUACGGCAUGUCAAUCUGGCUCGAUCCUCUUGGGUUUGUGCCUUACAGGGAACUCAAGCAACAGAUUCCCAAGCGCUCGUUCGAGCCUUCCGCCGAGAUGAUCAUUGUGGCUUGGGAGAUUGAUCCAGGAUUAGCUAUUUCAUAUGCAAAGCGGUUCAAGCGUCCUGAAGUUGAGCACCAAUUGCGCCAGCUUGUCAUUGCUGAUACCAUCCGUGCUGCCGAUGUUGCCGACGCUCUUCCUUAUCUUAUUGACGGACAAGUCAAGGAAAAUGGAGGUUCGGAGUUCAAGUAUCUUUUGUUCUGGGCUCCAGCCACUCCCAUUGAUGCAAUCAACUACUUCAUGCCAAAUUACGGAAGAAACACUUUGAUGAUGCAGUAUGCUAUGCGUUCGCUUGAGAGCCACAGUGUGGAUGUGACCUUUUUCUACGUUCCUCAGAUUGUACAAAUGCUCAGACACGAUGAAAGAGGCUACAUCGAGCGAUUUAUUCUUGAGACCGCCAAGCUCGAUCAACUUUUCGCUCAUCAGAUUAUCUGGAACAUGAAAUCGAAUGCGUACAAAGACGAAGACUCCACGAUUCCGGAUUCAAUCAAGCCUAGUCUUGACAGAGUAAUGGAACUGAUGAUUAGCUCCUUUGCCGGAUCUGACAGAGAUUUUUACGAGCGCGAGUUCUCCUUCUUCAACGAAGUCACAUCGAUCUCUGGGAAAUUGAAGCCUUACAUCAGAAAAUCAAAGGCUGAGAAGAAGGCCAAGAUUGACGAAGAGAUGCGCAAGAUCAAGGUCGAUGUGGGUGUUUAUCUGCCUAGUAACCCUGAUGGAACGGUUAUCGGCAUUGACCGAAAGUCAGGAAGACCACUGCAGAGUCAUGCAAAGGCACCCUUCAUGGCAACAUUCCAGAUUCGAAAGAACGUGAAGACGAUCAACACCAUACGACUUGAAGGAGAAGAUGAGAGCGAGAGCAUGGCCGUUGAAACCAUCGAAAGAUGGAUGAGUGCUAUCUUCAAGGUUGGCGAUGACUGCCGACAAGAUCUGCUUGCUCUGCAGCUCAUUGCACUUUUUAGGAAUAUUUUCAACGCGUCAGGUCUUGAUCUGUAUCUUUUCCCUUAUCGUGUUAUUGCUACUGCUCCAGGAUGUGGUGUUAUUGAUGUGCUUCCUAAUUCGAUUUCACGAGACAUGCUUGGUCGUGAGGCAGUCAACGGGCUGUAUGAAUAUUUCAUCAGCAAGCACGGAAGUGAAGACUCAAUCAAGUUCCAGCAGGUUCGCAACAACUUUGUUCAGAGUAUGGCGGCGUACUCGGUCAUCUCAUACCUGCUUCAGUUCAAGGAUCGCCAUAACGGUAAUAUCAUGUAUGAUGACCAGGGUCACGUCUUACAUAUCGACUUUGGUUUCUGUUUCGAUAUCGUUCCGGGUGGUGUGAAGUUCGAAGCUGCUCCAUUCAAGCUCACGCACGAGAUGGUUCAGGUCAUGGGAGGGCGUGACACUCAGGCGUACAGAUGGUUUGAGGAACUGUGUAUCAAGGCUUUCCUUGCGUGUAGGCCGCAUGCCGAGAGCAUCAUCAGAUGCGUGUAUCCGAUGUUGGAAAGUGGCUUGCCAUGUUUCAAGGGUGAGACGACGAUCAGAAACCUGCGAGACCGGUUUGCGCUGGACAAGACCGAUAAAGAGGCUGCGGUGCAUAUGAGAGGACUCAUUAAGAAGAGUGCCGAGAGUCUGUACACUCGUGGUUAUGACGAGUUCCAGAGAGUGACAAACGGAAUCCCGUAUUAGGUGAAAAAAAGUGCAAGUUGUACGAAAGUCUGUGGAGUCAAGCUGCAUCAGUUGUUUUGUAUUUAUAAUGAGUCUUUACUAGUUAAUGCUUUAAUUCAACCU